AUGAUACAUUGCCCCGUAUCAACCACGGACCACAAGCAUAAGAUUACAACGGAAAGGCGUAGGGGCAUGCUAAGGGCUCUCAGAAAUGACAUUCCUCUUGCUGAAUGGUCCUUUCUUCCAUACGAUGCUCAUGACUUGUUUAUCAAGCUUGCAAAGAAUUUCAAGGACCUUAUAUUUGAUGAGCUGAAGCACCGUGCUCACGACCACGCUAUGACCAUCCUUCAGCCUGUCGAGGAAGAGCAAGGUGUCAGCGACAAUGCGCCUGAAAGGGUUUCUGGAGAGGCCACUAUUCCCGUGGAGCAGGAAAUCCAGGAUAUCUUUGAUGGAUCUCGCUGGGCGAGGUGUGAGCUUUGGAUCCAACAUCAAGUCGAUUCACAUGUGAGAUACCUCCGACUACCAGUCACAGACGAUGUGGCAUCGGUAGCUGUGCAGGAGUAUGACGACUAUUGCGAUUUAGAGUCGCCAUUUCCACAAGGAAUGAGUUUGCUUGCCCUGUCCCCUGCAGAGGAUCGGUGGUUUGUUCAACCAGUGAAUCCCUCAGCAGAGAAAACCCCGUCUCGCCGUCCAGUUCAUGUCAUUGAGGUCAUAACAAUCACUCGCCAGCAGCUGCGAUCUGAUUAUGAGUUUGUAGGAGACGCCUUCAAAAAGGAGGUACCUGUAAUUCACCCUUCUCUCACUAAAUUCAACAUCGACUUGGAAAAGAUUAUUCCUCCUGAGUUUGGAAUUAUCGUCGCAUGGAAAUUCGUUGGAGGCAAUGCCUGGAUGGACCGUUAUGGUCACAUUGUUCCAAAACAAUAUCCCUGA